AUGGCAAAUCCGGUGCUGGAGUUCUUAUCGCGGCCGGCUAUUGCUGCGCCGCUCAUUUUGUUCGUGUCAUACAUCAUAUACCAGCUUUUCCUGAAGCCUUCGAACUUGCCUGACUUACCAGUCAUUGGAGCACGCAAAGGCGAUUGGUUUCCUAUUUUACAAGCCAAAAUUCGCAAUUCGCUCGAUGUCAAGGCCGCGCUCAACUCGGCGUACAUCCAGUACAGGAAUCAAGCCGCCAUUUUCCCUUUGAUUGACGGUGGAAACAUCAUUUAUCUUCCACGAUCAGAUACAAAGUUCGCGAAUUUACAGACGGACUACACUACAAUGGACCCGUCCCUCACGCAUGAUCCUAUUCAUCUGGAACUGGUGACCACCACGCUUACCAAAGAGGUCGGAAAUCUCAUCCCGGAUCUCGCUGAAGAGAUUGAGCACUGUGUCAGCAAGCAGUUGGGCAAGAGCACAGACUGGUCUGAAAUCUGUGUAAUGGAAUCGGCGCAAAAGAUGCUCAGUGGUAUCACCAAUCGAGCAUUCCUUGGGCUUCCACUUUGCCGAAAUGAAGAAAUGCUGAAGCUGGGUGUCGCGUUUGCGCAGAAUAUCCCUCUCUCCUCAAUGCUGAUGAAGUUAUUCCCGAGCUUCAUUAAACCGUUAGUUGCGCCCCUCGUAACCCGAUCCAAUAGGAUUCACACACGUGAGUUCGAGAAAAUCCUUGAGCCGGAGAUCAAGGCUCGCUUGGCAGAGUACGAUUCGCAAGAUGAACACACCGAGUCCGAUCGGAACGAUUACUUGCAGUGGUUGAUUGAACAGGCCAAGGAGAUCGGCAACCCGAAGAACUGGCAGGUCAGCGCGCUGGCUCAACGUGUUCUGCUACUCAACUUUGCGUCAAUUCACACCACGACGUUUGCAGUUACCCAUGCUCUUCUUGACAUUGCUGCAUCAUCUCCCGAUUUUAUUCUUGAACUUCGCGACGAAGUAGAUAGCGUGCUGAGACAACAUGAUGGCAAAUGGAACAAGCGCGCUGUCGCGCAGCUCGAAAAGCUCGACUCGGCAAUACGCGAAAGCCAGCGCAAGAACUCCAUCGUCUCGAUCGGAGUUUCUCGUACUGUCAUAGCAGAAAAAGGGGUGACUUUUCCAUCAGGAACGCACGUCCCCAAAGGUCUAAGAAUAGCUAUCCCAGGGUACUCAGUGCUGCAAGACAGUAAGAUCUACCCUAAACCAAAGACUUAUAAACCACUUCGCUUCUACAAUACGCGACAAAACGAGGCGGAUAAGUACAUAAAGAGUGCGCGUAAUGCUUUGCCGACUGCGACGCAGGAUUUCUUAGCGUGGGGACUUGGUCGGAACGCGUGUCCGGGGAGGUUUUUUGCAAGCAAUAAGAUCAAAAUGCUAAUCGCUUGCAUUCUGCUGAAGUAUGACAUAGAGCACUUGACUAAGCGACCGCGAAAUACUUGGAUCGCACAGAACAGGAUCCCUCCUAUGAAAGCAACGCUGAGAAUUAGGAAGAGAAUUAGAUCUUAA